CUGACACUGGUCUCGUUGAUUUGACUACAAAACUUGUACAAAACCGCUCAAGUCCAUCGCAAUUCUUGCUAUAUCUCUAAGCAAACCUGAUGCACAUCUCUUGCCAGCAGUCUACAUAAAGGACGCAUCAGCUCUCAAAAUCAAUGUUACUUUCAUUCAUUUCCACGGCCCAAGUGCCGGCUACACUCCUAAGCUGGUCUUAGAAGCUUCGAGAACUGGUUUCUUGUCUAAUCCUUCUCUGUCAUGUUAUCCAUCUUUCAGUUCGCCCUCCUGGUUAUUUACUUUACGACCCUCUCACUUUCCUUACCCAUCCAUCCUGCAGAAAAUGGAGCUGCGCCUGAGAGAAGAAACUCUCUGGAACAUACCCAGGCGCAUAUGCCUUCUUCGAUAUCCGAUUCGAUUUAUAAAAGAGAUCCCGGGGUAACCGUCCUGAUACAUGGCUCUCCUACGACGUUGUCGGAUGUGGACAUGUCAAAAUAUACUCCCCUUAGACGGCAAGAGGUCACCGCUACGCCUGAGGUCACUGAUGCCGGUGCUUCCGGUAUAUAUGCGUCAACCAACCCUGUAUCGACUGCGACUGCGAUGGAUACCAGCACGGACGGGACAUAUCGUUUACUCGAUAUGUACAAGGGCAAAGACUUCCUGAACCCUGAAAAAUGGCAAUACUGGUCGGAAGCAGAUCCGACUCAUGGUUCUGUCAAGUAUCAAGCCAUGGAGGCAGCCAUGCAGAAGAAGUUAGCCUUCGUCGGGGAAGAUGGCACUGUAACGCUUGCUGUUGAUGAUACGACGUCCUUAAAUGAUAAUGAAUAUCGGGACUCGGUCCGCAUCAGUUCAGUCAAAACAUAUAAUGGUGGACUGUUUAUUGCAUCUUUUUCUGCUAUGCCGUAUGGAUGCUCUGUCUGGCCUGCUUGGUGGACGGUCGGUCCCAACUGGCCCAACCAGGGCGAAGUUGAUGUCCUGGAGAACGUUCACAAUGCUAAUGCCAACCAGUAUACAUUCCACACCGGCGAAGGAUGCAUGAUACAGAGCGACAACUCUGGUUGUGGGAUGGUGGACACAUCCGAUCCUAACUACAGCUAUGGCAAGCAGUUCAAUAAGAUUGGCGGCGGUAUCUUUGCGCAUCUAUGGAAUGACGAAGGAAUUCGGAUCUGGCACUUUCCGAAGUCGAGUAUACCUUAUGAUAUUAUUGCUGGGACGCCCGACUUAGCGAGCUGGGGGAAGCCUGCAGCUUUCUUACCAAACGGUACCUCUUGCAAUACGGGAUCAAUUUUCAAGGAUCACUCCUUGGUUAUCGACACCACGCUAUGUGGCGACUGGGCUAACGCAACUUACACUAGUGCGGGAUGCCCGGGAACAUGUGCCGAGGCUGUUAAAGACCCAACAAAUUACCAGAGUGGGUGUACUUUCACUCGUAUUUUCCGAACUCUGUUCUAGUGAUAUUCUGUUUAGAUGCAAAAUGGAACAUUAAUUACAUUGCGGUGUAUAGCAUGGAUGGUGGUUCCACCGGUGGAA